UAGCGGAGGCGCGGGAGGCGGCGCGCUCGAGUCCGGAGCGGAGCGCCGGGGAGGGGCCGACGGAUACGCGGACGGACGGACCCCCCGGCCUCGCGUCCCGGACGCGGCCAAGGGCUGCGCGGGCCAUGUGGGGACCCGGGGUCGCGGCCGAGGGCCUGGCGGUGGCGCCGGCGCCGCCGCCCCUGCUGCCGCUGCUGCUGCUGCUGGCGCUGGCGCUGGUGGCGCCCUCGCGGGGCGGCGAGGGCUGCGCGGAGCUGGCGUGCGGUGAGCGGGAGCGCUGCUGCGACGCGACCAACGCCACGGCGGUGCGCUGCUGCAAGCUGCCGCUGCACGCCUUCCUGGACAACGUGGGCUGGUUCGUCCGCAAGCUCUCGGGGCUGCUCAUCCUGCUGGUGCUCUUCGCCAUCGGCUACUUCCUGCAGCGCAUCAUCUGCCCCAGCCCACGCAGGUACCCGCGCGGCCAGGCGCGCCCGGGCCAGGCGCGGCCGGGGCCUCCGGGAGGCGGCGGGCCGCUGGGGGGCGCGGGCCCGCCCGACGACGACGACGACGACUCGCCGGCGCUGCUGCGGGACGAGGCGGCGGCCGGCUCGCAGGACUCGCUGCUGGACAGUGGCGGCCGGGGCCGGGGCGGCGGGGCGCGCUCGGCCCCCUGCUGCGCCCCAGAGCAGGAGCUGCGCGUGGUCUCGCCCGUCUUCCUGCAGCUGCCCAGCUACGAAGAGGUCAAGUACCUGCCCACGUACGAGGAGUCCAUGCGGCUGCAGCAGCUGGGUCCCGGGGACGUCGUGCUGCCAGUGUCGGUGCUCGGUCGCCCGAGAGGCGGCAGCGCGGGGGAGUCCGACGGCGGCGAGGGGCGCUUCCCGCUCAUCUGA